CUCAUUCAGACUCACAUCAAUUGUCGUCCGGUGUUGUCCGCCCUUCGUCCUGAUUCUGCCUUGAACAAAUUCCAUUUAAUAGUACAUUUGUGGAACUUACCUAUCUAUUCAGAUGCCAAUCAUAGACCAUCUUGUACGUCUCACUCUGCUGCGGUUACGCCGCGUACGUUCGUCUCGUACACUAAACCCUCCAAUGCGCGGAAGCUGAACAUCGUCGUAUACAAGUCGUCGUCCAAUGAGUGACUGUGAAGAACGAGACUUUGUUACUAUAUAGCAUUUGCGCCAUGACCGACUUCUUGAGGUAGGACAAUCCACAACACCAUCAUCCCUCUUUUCUCUCAUUAUUUCCUGCACAUAAUUCCUUUGCAUAUAUCCAAAUCGCAUCCUGUGAUACAGAGAUUCUUGACUUCACAUUCCAUUCUUUGUUCUUUCUCUUUCCACGCUGUGGUAGCAAAGCGUUCCUUCAACUCCACCGAUCCAAUUCACAACCAUGGUCUCAAAAGAUCACCAUCCAGCACUUGACGACCCCAAUGCCUUUGUAUACUAUCGCUAUGCGCCCUCGCUGGCAGCAGCCGCCAUAUUUGUCGCUCUAUUCGGCAUAAGCUCACUGCUUCACAUCUGGCAAACAUGGAGAAAGAAGUCCUGGUUCAUGACGCCCUUCAUAAUCGGCGCACUUUUCGAAUUCGUUGGCUACAUCGGCCGAAUCCUCUCCUCGCAAGACCAAUGGGACCGCAACGCCUACAUCAUCCAAACCCUCCUCCUGCUCCUCGGCCCCGCCCUCUUCGCCGCAACAAUCUACAUGAUCCUUGGCCGCAUCAUCCUCCUCACUGACGGCGAGAAGUUCUCCCUCAUCCGCCGCACCUGGCUCACUAAGAUCUUCGUCGGCGGCGACGUCCUCAGCUUCGUGAUCCAGGGCGCUGGCGGAGGCGUCAUGUCGUCCGCGGACAAGAACCCCGGGAACAUGAAGAAGGGCGAGAACAUGAUCAUCGGCGGAUUGUUCGUGCAGUUGUUCUUUUUCGGGUUCUUCGUCGUGACGUCCGCGGUUUUCCAGUACCGGGGGCGCGCGCAUUUGAAUAAGUUGCCGAAGCAUAUCGUGUGGAAGAAGCAUAUCUACGUGCUUUAUCUCACGUCGACGUUCAUAUUGAUCAGGAGUGUGUUUAGGGUUGUUGAGUAUCUUCAGGGGAAUAAUGGAGAGCUCCUAAGGAAGGAAGUGUUUUUGUAUGUUUUUGAUGCUGUGUUGAUGUUGGCGGUGGCCGUCAGCAUGAAUGUGGUUCACCCGGGCGAUUUGGCUAUCUUGAUCAAGCAGAAGUUGGAGUCGGCGUACUCUACUGAUUCAUCGGCUAUCGCUUUAGAUGACGGUCGACGGGGCGUGUCUCAGGGGAAGGAUCGAGCGAAUGCAGAUGAGGGGAGGUACUCGGGUCAUGUAUAGUUUUCUUCAAGGGUAGACUAUCGUCCUUUCUUGGCUCGAUACAUCAUACAUGGCGCUUCUUUA